AUGAAGAACUCGGAUCUGGAAGUGAAUGCGUUUCAUUUUAGCAACGCGAUCGGUGCAUGUGACAGGUGUGGUAUGUGGCAAGAUGGUGUCGGCCUGCUGGAGAAGAUGGUAGGGAUGAAUGCCGAACCCAAUGUAGUUUGCUUCAAUAGUGCCAUGAGAGCAACCGAAUAUGCAAGUGCUUGGCCGUGUACUUUGCACUUGCUUGACGAUUUGGCGACUACAGGGUUGAGCUCUGACCACAUUAGCAUCAACUUGGCCUUGGGUGCAACCAGACGCGCCCUUCGCUGGCAGCGGGCCGUGUGCUUGUGGCAGGGCAAAAGUGCAGACGUGCCGCAGAACCCGAAGAUCUUAAGUACAGUCUCUACUUGCUGUGAAUCUGCUGGGCGCUGGGCAGUUGCACUGAACCUCUCCGAGAGCAGUCUGCAGAUGCAUGUGCGUUUGGACCAGAUCAGCCUGAACGCAGCGUUGGCUGCACACAGUGAGCGCUGGCAGGAGGCCUUGCAGGCCUUUGCGGCUGCAAGUGCUGAUGCCUACGGGUGCAACACUAUUUCGAAUGCAUGCGGGAAAGCAUCCGCUUGGCUUCAUGCAAGCUCAGUUCUGGCAGGGAUGCGAGCUGUUGCCGUACAACCUGACUUGGUAAGUGUCAACACUCUCAUCGGUUCCUUUGAGAAUGAAAGUCUGUGGAUGCGUGCCGUCGCUGGCCUGCAGCAUUCGCUCGGCCAAAGACCCAGUUGCAUCACCUUCAGCACAGUAGUGAGCUCCUUUGCAAAAGCAGCAGUUUGGCGGGCAGCGUUGCAGUGUUUGAGCAGGCCUGAGGCAGAAUCGCAGAUGGGUUAUGGAGCUGGAGUCACUGCCUGCGAAAGAGGCUACCGGUGGAGGCAUUCACUACAGCUCCUGUGCAGGAUUCAAAGAAGGCAGCUGGUCGCACAGGUGAGCUUCAACGCAGCCCUGGCUGCGUUGGCGCGAGUUGGGCUUUGGCAGGCUGCUGCCCAAAUGUUUUGUGAGAUAAAUCUCCAGCGGCCUUCACCGGAUGAAGUUGGCAGCACAGCUGUCAUCAGCUCUUGUGAUAAGCGUGGGCUUUGGCCUGUGAGCCUGUCGGUGCUUCGACGAAUGAGAGCAAGUGCAGCCCGAUGCGCUAGCAUCACUUUCAAUGCGGUUGCGAGUGCUUGUGAGAAAGUCUUGGAAUGGUCUCAGUCUCUGGCUUUGAUUGGCCACAUGGUUGCUUCCUACGUCACUUUGCAGACCAUAGGGUGCAACGCAGCCAUUGGUGCAUGCCAGAAGGCUUUGGAAUGGCGUCAGGUUGUGAAUGCCCUGUACUUUAUGCAAGGCUUCAGUCUAUCAUUCACAUCGAUUACCUGCAAUGUGUCGAUGAAAGCCUGUGAAUCUGGCCGCUGGCGUCCUGCCCUCGUGCUGCUUCAGUGUAUGUUGAUUGUAGCUUUGCAACCAUGUGAUAUCAGCUACAACUCGCUGCUUGCAAGUCUUCAGAUCGAAGGACAUUGGCAACGGGGCAUACAAGCCUUCAGUAUCAUGCAGAGCGAGCAAAUUUUACCAGACGUGAUGACAUUCAGUUCUGUUCUGGGCCUUUGUGAGCACAGAUUCGGCCAUUUUUGUUUGGGCACAUUGCAGGAAGCAACGAGUUCCCUUGCCACGCGCAACUUGCAGACUUCUUUCUGA